AUGGACGACGACCCUCCUGUUAUGACCUUGCGCGAAAGCGUGAAGGAGAUUGCGAUUGGUAGUUUCGCUGGCAUUGUAUCUGAAGUCAUUGAAUAUCCGACCGACUUAGCCAAGGUUCGACUGCAAGCUCAACUCCUCACGCCCCCCGUAGACAAGAGUCAAAUUUUCAAGGGUCCGGUGGAUGUACUCACGCGAACAUUUGCCAAUGAAGGCUUUCGUGGCUUGUAUCGGGGUCUUCCUGUGCCCAUUGCGGGUUCGAUGAUUGAGACUGGGGCGUUGUUUGUCUCGUAUGCCUACUUCCAAAACCUGCUGCUGGCGCCGGAUUUGUUACUAGUUUCAUCCUCAGUGACACCCAUAGAGCUUUGCAAGUGUGUCCUGCAGGUUCAAUUGAUGAAUAACACAACUGCUGCUCGUGUACCACCUAUCCAUUCCAUCCCCAAGCCUAUCAUUGAUCUGGUCCGCGAAACCCCUGGAUUCGGCCACCACAAGUCCUUCAAUUUCUUCGAUCGCAGCCACUCGGCUCCUUCUGUGCCACAGCCACCACGACUCCCUGGUCUGGUCGAAGUUGUACGUUCAACUGUAGCAACCAAUGGCGUCAGAGGUCUCUGGGUGGGCCACACUGGAACAAUCCUCCGAGAAACUGGAGGCACAUCUGCCUGGUUCGCGGUGAAGGAAUGGGUCGCAUCUGCAUUAUUAACACGAAGACUGGGUCCCAACUACCACCAAGACAAGACGAGCACGCUUUUGCCCUGGGAGUCAGCGGUUGCAGGCGCGGUGUCUGGUGCAGCUUGUGUUAUGGCAAUAUAUCCUGCCGACACUGUCAAGAGCGCCAUGCAAACCGAAGAAGAGUUGCUUUCACAUCGGAGUCGAGUUCGGCAACAUCCCAAACCAGUGGAAAGGCUUUCUUUCUAUCGGACCUUUAUGAAAAUGUACAAAGCCCAUGGCGUCCCUGGCUUAUAUGCUGGUGGCUUGAUGACUGCGUUAAGGGCAAUUCCGAGCAGUGGCAUUGUGUUUGUCGUUUAUGACGGACUGUCUGCAUGGAUAGGGUAG